AUGAGUAGAGGCGUGUCGCGAAUCGAGGCGCGAUUGUCGUCCAAAAUCGCAGAAGGAGAAUACUACGAAGCUCAUCAGAUGAUUAGAACACUAGCUUCCAGAUACAGAACGUCAAAGAAGCACCAGGACGCGCUGCAGUUAAUCACAAAGGGCAUUCUGGAGCUGUACGAGUUGAAACAGAGCGGCUCCGCCUCCGAUCUUGGUCUUCUUUAUUGCUCCAUCCUCGACGAUGUGGAAAAACUGACGGAAACGAAUCACGAGCAAAUUGGCAAAAUCCACAAAUCGACGAUCGAGUGCCUCGAGUUCGAGCAGCCCGAGCGCGAGCAGUUCGAGCGGCGCAUUCUCAAACGCACUGGCGAAAUUUGCGAAAAUCCGAUGGGCCACCCGAAGACCCGUCUUGCCUUUGCGCAAAACUACGUCCAAGCCUCGGACAAGGCGAGAUCGGCGAAGAACAUGGAAGAUUUUACGGUUACGAUCACUUUGGCUAGGCAACACUUUCAGUACUCCGAAAACGGUCGCGAAAUUGCCAAAUUUCUAGCCCAGUUGACAGAAUAUAGCUCGAGAAACAUGAGCGAGGUCGAGCUAAUCUGCACGCAGAUGACCCUCCAACUUCUUCACCAGCACACAGUCCCCGUUGCAAACGAAUUUCUUCAAGCUUUCUCCCGCUUCCACCCCCAACUCGAGUCGCGAUUUCCCUCCAACUACCCUCUACUAAAUUAUUGCUUCUUCCUGCUAAAAACGAUAGAUUCAAAAGACGUCAAGGCAUUUAAAUUUCUUAAUUUCGCAUACCAACCUUUCCUAGCGGAGCCCGAUCCAACUCUGAUGGAAUAUAUUAUACGAAUCGGGGAAAUUUAUUUUGGAAUUGUUGAGAAAAAGAGUCGCCCGCAAGGAGGACUUAUGGACAUUAUCGGAUCUUUGAUGGGCGGCAGGCCGCUGUCCAGUGAUAGCGAUGACGAUGACGACUCUGCUGGUCCUCCUGCUGGACUCGACAUGGGCGCGCUAAUGAACAUGGCCAACGAUAUGUUCUCUGGAAUGAUGAACCAACCACAGAGCCAAUCGAGUAAAUCAGCUCCUCCUAAACCAGCUGCGCCCCCGGCCGACGAAGACGUCGACGAUCUAGACUAA